GAGUGUGGAGGGAAAAGAGGGCUACUCCUCCUCACUCCUCCACUCCUCUUUCUCCAUUCACUGAGAAAGCUCUGAGCAGAACAGAAACCUCUCUCCUCCUUGAAUGGACUCCAUCUCCCCGAGCCAAACGCUCUUUCACUGCUGUUGUUGACGGAAACUGUGAUUUUUUUUAUUUCUUCUCCUCGUGCUGCUGUUGAGAAAAGUUGACGUCUCUGACUUUUCUGUGUCGCCAUGAACUUCUGUCGGACUUGAGGAGUUUCCAGAGCAGCUGUGUGGUGUCGUAAACAACUGAUGGGCAAAAACCAAACCAGAGAAGACUUGUGAAAGAGGAGAAACAGUGCUUGUAGUGAAAGAUUUAGAGGGUGGUGGCUGAUUUGGGUUUGGGUCAGCCAGACUCAAGGCAGGGAGACAGACAGGUAGAAAAGUACGGGGUGACAGAUCAAUUUUAAAAAUAGCCUACUUUUGUCCUAGUUUUGUCCCCUGGACCACAAUGGGUUCAGACGUACGUGACCUGAACUCUCUGCUGCCUCCGCUCCCGGCGGGCCCCAGCCCCGGCUGCCCGGCCCUGCCCGUCAGCACAGCCCCUCAGUGGGCUCCCGUCCUGGACUUCCACACCGCCGCCUCCCCUUACUCCUCUCUGGCCACCCCCCACACCUCCCUGGGGCCGCACUCCUUUAUCAAGCAGGAGCCCAGCUGGGGGGCCACCAGUGACCCCCACCACCUCGACACAGACCCUCACUGCGGUCUCAGCGCCUUCACCGUCCACUUCUCAGGGCAGUUCACAGGGACCGGGGCCUGCAGGUACGGGACAGCAUUCGGGGCACCACCACCUCCAGCACCAGCCCCCACUCAACCUCCAUCUGUGACCGCCCCGCACCACCACCAGCCCCCCAGCAGGAUGUUCAGCAACCCACCGUACCUGACCAACUGCAUGGACACACAGCAGGCGGCCCGCAACCAGACAGGUUACAGCGCGGUCGCAUUCGAUGGAGCCGGUAAUUACGGCCACACUCCUACACACCACAGCUCGCAGUUCUCCAACCACUCCUUCAAACAUGAAGACGCUUUAACUCAGCCGAGCACUAUGGGUGAGCAGCAGUAUCCCGUUCCACCUCCUGUCUACGGAUGCCACACACCUUCAGACAGCUGUACAGGCAGCCAGGCUCUGCUGCUGAGGAACCCUUACAACAGCCAUGCAGCAGGCUACGACAGUGACCCCAACACCCCCAUGGUGUACAGCUGCAGCACACAGUACCACAUACACACGCAUGGAGUCUUCAGGGGAAUACAGGAUGUGCGGCGGGUGCCCAGCAUUGCUCCAGCCAUCGUGCGGUCAGAGAGCAGCGAGAAGCGCCCGUUCAUGUGUGCCUACCCAGGAUGCAACAAACGCUACUUCAAGCUGUCUCAUUUGCAGAUGCACGGUCGCAAACACACAGGGGAGAAACCCUACCAGUGUGAUUUCACAGACUGUGGCCGGAGCUUUUCCCGCUCCGACCAGCUCAAGAGACACCAGAGGAGGCACACAGGAGUUAAACCCUUCGAAUGCGAGACGUGUCAGAGAAAGUUCUCUCGGUCUGACCACCUUAAGACACACACCCGGACUCAUACAGGUAAAACAAGUGAGAAGCCGUUCAACUGUCGGUGGCCGAACUGUCAGAAGAAGUUUGCCCGGAGUGACGAGUUGGUGCGACACCACAACAUGCACCAGAGGAACCUCACCAAGCUCCAGCUGGCUAUCUGAGUCUUUUGUCAGCACAUAUCACAGUUUUAAAUGUAAACAUCUGGGUUACAUCUGCUUAUAUUUUCUGUCUCCACUUAAUCCAAACCUGGUGGCCACCUUUGCACCCACUAACCUAGCCUGUGUAGGGACCAGUAGAGUCCUAAUGGCUCCCUUAAAGAGGUUAAUAUCACUAGUCACUAUUGCUGCCGAUCCAUUGUUGGUUUUGGUCUUUACAUGGGAUUUAAAGGUCCAGUGUGUAACAUUUAGGAGGAUCUUAUGACAGAUAUGGAAUAUAAUAUUCAUAGGUAUGUUUUCAUUAGUGUAUAAUCACCACCUGUAUAUCCACCGUAUAUGCAUCAACAUGCAACAUCUCACUCUGUGUUUCUCUGCAGAGCAGUGCAAUUGUCGGUAGACUGUACCAGAGGGGUAGAGCGGGGGGAGAUUGUUCACUAGUUAAUCUAUCACAGAUACUUGUGCUGUGAGAGAGAUGCUUUGCUGAAGCAAAAAACACAAUGUUAGAGAGAAGUCUAAAAAAUGUUAGUCUGUGGUGGACUGCCACAGGCUUGGUAAUUAAUGGGAAACACUGAGUCUAGAACAGACAAACAAAGCACUGGUACUUGAUAGGGUCUUUCAUGUUUGUGCAAGUUUUGUUGCCACUGUUGUUUCUCCUACACACUUGGAAGGCUGAGCUGUAUUCAAGUGGAUACACUCAGCAACUUCACGGCUAGAUGCCACUAAAUCCUACACACUGGUCCUUUAAAGAUUUGAAUUAUUGUAGCUGUAGCUGAAAAGAGCAACAUUUCACUUAAGUUUCUGUUUCCGAGAAACAUUUUGGCAAAUGCUGUCCAGCUGGUGUAAAUAUAAAAAUGUACACAAACCCAAUUAGAUCUACAAUACAGUCACUUUACAGAAGGUCCCCAGAGUCAAUGUUAGUAUCUUUGCACAUCAAGACAGAAGAAUUUCAACCAUAAUGUAAUAUUUCAUUCAUCCCCAACUAUUGUCUGUUUUCUUGCCACCAUCCACCACUGUGUGUAAAGUGAGGUCAAAGGUCAUGGUCAUCUGCAUACAUGCCCCCGCAGCUUAGCGCCUUCAGCUGUUGUAAAUAGCUCUUCUGUUGAGCUGCAUUGGGAGGGCCUCUUUGUUAUCUUUUUGUGAACAAAACUUGCUUUCACUGGAAUGAUUUAAAGAGAGGGAGGUGUCAUUCAGUCUCUCUGCUUUUUCUCAUAAUUUCCCUUUUAUACCAUGGGUGAUAAUGCUGGGUUUGAUUUAAAGAGAUCAAAUGAAGUGAACAACUUGCAUCCAACACCGUAUGCAUUAUGUGUUUGCAAUGUAAGCUUUUGGUGUUUUGUCUAGUCAGCAUAAAAUGUACUUUGCAAACACAGAUAUGCCUUUAUGGUUGUAUUUAAAAAACUGAACUUUUAUGUGACGAUUGGAUUUUUUUUUUCUAGCAUUGCUCAGCGCUCUCAGAGCCAAAUCGUCUUGUCUGUGUGGUGUGUAAAUAUUGCUGGACUUUGGCAGUGUUUUAGACACUGCAAGCUCUAAAAUAUGUCUGCUGGGUCACACUGGCUCUGUGUCCGGGACAUUAUGGUCAAGAUGUAAAUAAUUCUUCUUCACCAUGGGAACUGAACUCUUUCCAUGGGGGAAAAUAUGUAACUUAACUGAUAUAUUUUAGACUUUUCUUUGGAUGGAUCCAAGAACUGUUUAUACUUUCAGUUUUCUCUCUUUUGUGUGUAUUAAUAUUUGAGUCAUAAAACAGCAAAUGUCAGUGAAACAUUUUUGUACUCAAAAGUGUGAGAUAAUUGAAAAUGAUGAUGUUUUCUCUCUGUGUAAAUGUAUUGUGACUGCUUUGAUACAGCACCAGUUUGUCUCUGUGGUCUUUAUUUAUUCAUUUGAAAGUUUCUUUGUUGUUUUUUUUUAAUACUAAGUCAUCAUUUGUUUAUUAGUCAGUAACAUAGUAUUAUCAUCGCCCACAAGAAGGUCACAGAAUUAAAAUAACAAUUCCUCCUCACACACAGAAAGAAAUAUCUAUGAAAUACUGUAUAAUAAUGUAUAAUUCCGCCAUUUUGAGGAUCCAAUUAUUUCUUUUGAAAUAUCCCACUGCCCUAAAGAUACAAUGUCAUGUAAAAAAAAAUAGAAUUCAUCAGCUGACCUUGACCGAGGUUUCCUCCCGUAACACACAUAGAAGGUUUUCUUCUUCAGCAUAGUUUAUCCUGCCCUGUUUGUGAUUAAACUCUUAAUAACUGAAUUAAAACUUUAUCAGAGA